AGGUGAUUGAUAUUAUAUUGAGAGGAGAUCUCGCUGUAACGUGUAUAUAUAUUCAGAUUAUUGUAAUCAAUAGAAAUGACGGAAUACCAAUCUUACAUGGUAUCAGCCUAUUCACGAUCCAUACCCUAACCCUACCUCCCUUCUGCAACUUCUCCUCUCUCCUACAGCCUCUCAUCUUCACUCCGAUCACCUAUUUUCACCCUAUCUUCUAUCAUGGACAGCAAACUUCAUCCAGCCAUGACAGUGUCCAACAUCAAAAACGUUGUGCCUAUAACCCUCGAAGUUGAAACUGCCCAUUACACAACCUGGGCAGAACUUUUUCAGAAUUCUUGCAAGGCUUACCAGGUUCAUGAUCAUUUGGAACCAAGAAAACCGGCGCCGACAACUACCUCCUCUGGUUCUGACAAGGACAAGGUCACUGCUCCUCCCUCUGAUGAUGAAGCUCUUUGGUCUCGUCUAGAUGCCAUUGUCAAGCAAUGGAUAUAUGGCACCAUCUCACCAGAUCUCCUUCAUACCAUACUUACUCCGGGUCAGACUGCUUAUGACGCCUGGACUACUCUGGCCAACCUCUUCUGGGACAACAAAAACACCAGGUCUGUCUUUCUUCAGCAAGAGUUCUCCAAUAUUCGUUUGGAAAACUUUCCAAACAUGUCAGCCUACUGUCAACAGGUUAAACUCCUGUCCGACCAACUUGCUAGUGUGGGGUCCCCCGUUGACAAUCAAAGACUGGUACUUCAGCUUUUAAACGGUCUUACCGAACAAUACGAUGGGAUUUCAACGAUCCUACAGCAUCGGGACCCUUUGCCUGAUUUUCAUGAGGCCCGAUCAAGUCUCACAAUGGAGGAAAGCAAAAAGAAACACCAUGUUGCUCAGGCCGCCCAUUCCUCUGCCACUGCACUUGCGGCUGUCUCAGCCAGCCCCUCUAAGUCUGACAGCACCAACACAACACAUUCUGACCGUAACCGUGGACGAGGAAGGAACCGCGGACGUGGCAGAGGGCGCGGAAACAAUGGUCGCGAGGGUCGGUCUUACAAUACUCAGAAUACCCAGCACCCAUACAUUGUUUUUCCACAAUCUUGGACAAACAAUCAGUGGGUUGGUCUCAUGAAUCAGCAGGCCCACAAUGGCCAGCAGCAACCUCGAGCCCACCCUGCCCGUAUCCAUCAGUGCCCAGACCCAAUACAGGUGCGGGUUUACUUGGGCCUGCCCCCGCUCAGGCCUACACUGCUGGUCCAGUUCCAACCGACAUCGCUCAGGCCCUCUACACCUUAUCUCUAAAUCAGCAAGACCCGUUCGGCUACAUGGAUACCGGAGCGACAGGCCACAUGAAUAACCAACAAGGACCUCAAGACCAAGGCCCCUAUCCUUCGAUGCAAUAGCUCGGGUGAUCUUUAUCCUCUCACCGCUCCACUCCAAAGUCUCUCCCCUUCACCUUCCACAUUUGCUGCCAUUACCCAGGACCGUUGGCAUCAACGACUUGGGCACCCGGGACAAAAUUUACUGCAUUCAUUAAAAUCUUCUUCUUGUAUUGAUUAUGGAAAACUUAGUACUACUACUUGUCAAUCAUGUGUUUUUGGCAAAAGUGUUAAGCUACCCUUUUAUGAUUCCUUGAAUAAGACUUCUUUACCAUUUGACAUUAUUCACAGU